AUGCGUCCCGGAUUUGCCUUCUCCGUGUGGAGCUUUCUCUCUCUUCGCUUCAGUGCUGCAGUUUCCCUUCCCUCGGGGCGCUUGGACUCGUGGUUCUUGGGAUGUGCCUCUGGCUGCAGCGGCCUGUCCCCGGACAGUCCCGUGUACAGUGUGAGGGACAGCGCUGACCUUGACCCGGUGCACUGCUCCGCUCGCUGCCACAGGAGAGGGUGCAGUGUGGCUGCAGUGAGCUCAGGAGGCUGUUACUGUGGAAACCAGGAGCUGCUCACCUGUCCAUUUUCUGAUUGUCCCAACAACUUCUCCAAACAUGUCCCAAGACAACGUGCUGUAUCGAUGCCUGUUGGAGCAGGCAAAGGAAAUGUGGCUUUGUACCAAACCCGUGGACCCUUUUUAAACAGGAUCCAUGUCUCUGUGUCUCCAGACCUGGUCUUCGCUGGCACCACCUUCACUGUUCAUGUGUCUGGAAACCUGGCUGCACCUUUGGACCAGUCUACAGGGAUAUUUGGGCUUGGACGGCAGGACUUCUCUGAUGUCACUGUGGAAUUCCUGGGAAUGACCCCCAAAGGUCAAAGUUCACUCCAUGUCAACAUUCUGGAUCAAGGCUCCUUUAAUGUUUCAUCCAAUUGGAGUUUAGAAGCUCCAGGAACAUAUGAAAUAAGAGUCAUCGCAAUUAAUAUUCUCUCCAUGAUCACUGCUACCCAUAAUGUUUCAGUUUUGGCACAAACAGCACAUGAAUUGGCGAAUGCUUGGCUGUUUGGAGCUCCUCGUUCUAAUGGCUCCGUCAAAGUAAAACCAAGAGUGGACACAGAUUCUGGAGCAGAGUGUGACUGCUGCCUCACACAAGGAGAGGAGACGUGUUUCCCCAAGUCAGUAUGCAUCAGCACGCAGACUGUGGGCGUACAGGCAAAGAAGAAGAGGGACUUCCCCCAAAAUAGCAACGUAGUUGAGGUUUACGCUGCAAAACAAGCCUAUCCGACCAACACUGACGUCCAUCUGUCAGCGCUGACUGACGCACAGGGCGCUAUGGAGUUUCUAUGGCGAUUUGGAGACUCGACUUCAGCACGGAACAUUUUAAAAGCUAUUACCAAGAGAUACCGCAAGCCAGGAAGGUAUAAUGUCACAGUUGUCAUGGUAACCCCUCGGAUGUCCAUCACCUCGGAGCCCUUUCCCGUUAUAAUCCAAAGGGCGGUAAAACUUAAUAGACUUAUCCACCAGGCGUCUGUGCUGCAGAAUCAGACUGUGGUGUUUAGCUGCAGAGUGAAUACUGGUACAGAUCUGUACUUUUUGUGGACGUUUGGAGACGGCUCAUCGAAACAUGGACACAGCACGGAGCAGCAUGUCUUUCAAAGUUUGGGAGAGUUCAUGGUAGAAGUGACCGUUUUUAACCUGGUCAGCAGCGCCUCUCUGAGAAGUCUCAUCUUUGUAGUGGAUAAACCCUGCCAGCCUCCACCAGUGAAAAACAUGGGGCCUCUCACUGUAAAGGUUCCCAGAUAUGAACCCGUCCGUCUUGGAGUGACGUACGAGGCUGAGUUUAACUGUGACGUUUUUGUUUCUGGAGGAGUUCAUUACACUUGGAAGCUGUACAACUCCAUGGGACAAGCCAUUUCUUUACCUCAUAUAGAGACACAUAGACAGACCCUGGUCCUCCCAAGUCAUUUUCUACAUUAUGACACAUACACUGCAAUAGCUAAGGUUCAAGUUGUUGGCAGUGUGGUGUACAGCAACUAUAGUGUAAAAGUGCAGGUGACAUCGUCUGCCCCUGUCGCGUUCAUUCAAGGCGGUACCAAUGUUUUUAUUAAUAAUAAAAACACGACUGUGGUCACACUGGACGGGACAAAAUCACAUGAUCCGGAUUUUCCCCACAACGUAACGAGGUUUAGCUGGGUUUGUAAACCUGUCAGCUCCAUCCCCAGCUCCUGCUUUGACUGUGAAUUUCCCAUGUCCUCUGCCGUGAUAUCCUUUCUUUCAUCAUUUCUAAAACCAAACUUUGAUCAGUUUCAAUUCACACUCACCAUAGAAAGUGCUGGACGAUUAGCUUCAGCGGACGUCUUCCUCACUGUCAAAACAGACGUAGAAGGGAAAGUGUCCACAGAAUGUCCUCAGUGUCAAAACAACAAAGUGAACUGGGAUGAGUCCUUCUCUGUCCAGGCGUUUUGUGAACAAUGUAAACUACCUUCUGAUUUCAUUCUUUACUCCUGGAGGCUGUACCAGGUCAACGCCUCUUCCAGACCUAUCAGCGAAGUCCCGUUUUGCCAUACAUUGGAUCUCAGUGCUCCAUCAGCCAUAAAGGACACGCCCACAGAGACAUCUCCUUCUCAGAGAAAAUGGAGAAGUGUUUUAAACCCUGGGCCUGAUUCUACAAUAGACUUUGCAAUGACAAGUUCAGGAGAUGACUUAUUUGACCCUCUAGAAGAACUAGACCUAUUUGAUUCUUCACCGAUUUCCCCUGAACACAGCGGACAUCAAGAAAUCAAGGCUCUGACUGAAACAUCUAGUGACUGGGAUUUUCCUUUUGCUAUAUCAGAGGAUGCAGAUUUACAAAAUGACCCAGAUUAUGAUCCUUUCCUGAAUACAGAAGAGGGAGAGCCAGACACAUCACCAGGAAGAACCACAGUUGAGGAUGGAGAGGACUUCAGUCUGGGGGAGGAUUUGGACUUUGACCCAGGAUCACACCGGGAGGAGGGCAGUAAUCUGGUAGACGUGAGGCCUCAUGUCGCGGUGCAAGAGCGCACUCUACUGGAUCUGCCCCGUGACCCUGUGCCCCAGUGGAUCUUUGAGUCCUACACUUAUACAGGAAUUUCCUCACCUGAACUCAAUUUCAAGCCAUUUAGUUUGCAGCCUGGGAGCAGAUACAUGUUGGACGUCAUAGCAACUCACAAUUCCCAAAAGCCAUUUCUGGGACGGACACAGUUCUUCUUUCAAACCAGACAAGCUCCCAAAGGCAUGACGUGCCAAGUGCAGCCAACAACAGGAGUGGAGUUACUCACAGUCUUCAGCGUUUUCUGUACCUCAGGGAAAGAGGACUUAACGUACAAAUACAGCUAUAGUGUUGGAAACGAACCUCCUCAAACUUUGUACCAGGGCACAGACUUUGAGCACUAUUUCAGUCUUCCUCUUGGAGAUCUACACAAUGAUUAUAAAGUUACCGUUUCUAUAGAGAUCAGGAGCAGCAUUGAUGGAGGAACCACUCGCCCAUGUCCCGUCUCCGUCACAGUCCAGCCACAGUUUACAAGAGACACUUAUUCAUCCAGUGAUCCAGUAUUGGAGCUUUCACAUAUUGCAAUGAAAAACCUCUCCAGCCGACUUGGAAACAGUUUUGAGAUCCUAAACGAAAUCCGAAUAGUCACAAACAUCUUGAACAGACUGAGCGUGGAGCCUGGGGUCAACAUGGCGUCUCUGGUAUUUUUACGUAACGCACUUGUUUGCAUCAUCUGUGACAUCGAGGUUAUUGAUCAGUUUUCAGCUCUAGAUACCAUUCAUAUACUCGGGAAUCUUUUGCAGAAACCAAACCAAGUGUCCUUGGCGACUAUAAGUAAAGUCACAGGCCUCAUCGCAAAUCGACAGUUUGAGGAUCAGAAGACAUUGAACACCGUGAUCUCUCUACUGGCACACAACCUGAAGAGUCUCACUACCAACAUGAGAUUCGUCUUGCUUCACAAAAUGGAAGAGUUCAAACUGAGCGCCGGCUUUGUGUCUGUUUACUCCACAUACCCAAUUCAAAAGACUACAGUUAGCAGUGGUUUUAGUGUUUUUUACCUGCCCCAAUCUUUUCUCCGUCAUCGUGACGCAUGCGUAAUCGGUGUAGUGACUGAACUCAACCAAAACCCUUAUUUUUGGGCUAACUAUCCCGGAGAGUUGAUUGGACCUGUGGUUGAACUAAAUUUGUUCAGAUGCAAUGCAAAAAGGAAAAUCCCAAUUCAAUUCUUUGCUGAACCUUUUGAAAUAGAAGUCCAAACACCAGAAAAACAAACUCCCACACCUGAACACAUUCUCCAACACAACAAGAUCAACUACCACGGCUUUAAUAUCUCCCAUGAGCACUUGCAGUAUGUUUUCCAGCUUCAUGUGCAGUUCACUCCACCAGCCACCAGGGUGUUUCCAGUUGUGCUACUUUUUAGGAUGUUUGCCAAGCCGACGCCAAGUGAAUACCAUUUACGCAAAAUACACCAUUGGGGCAGAAGUGUAAUUCACAUGACUCUGCCUUCAUCCUUCCUCAGUGCUGGUGGGGUUGGAUACCUCACCCUCCUGAAUGCUGAUUUUGAGAGGCCUCAGAGAUGGACCAAUACAAAGGUCAGUUACAGAGUGAGAGUGGACAGGAGCCAGUGCGUGUCCUGGGACGCUCAGAGAGGGGCCUGGUCAACACACAACUGCAAAACACAGGCUAAAGACAAGCCCUCUGCUGUUAACUGCAGAUGUCGUCAGCUGUAUCCAGUGACUGUGGUGCAGGAGCAGAUUCCAACCAACCUCGACGCAGGAGAGUUAGGCGCGUUUUUUAGUGUGUCUUAUAACUGGACCGUGCUCAUUGUGCUGGUGCUGGGCGUGGCCUUGUUCAUUGGUGCACUGGUUUUGAGUCCAAAUGCUGAUGUGGCCUCUGGGGAGAGAAGAGCCCACUACCUGUCUGAUAAUUUACAGUGUGAGCCGCACCUUUACGCUGUCACCAUCUACACCGGCCUCUGCUCUGCGCCAGAGAUGAGCGCAAAGGUUUACAUUGUGCUUUGUGGAGAAGAUGGCUUUACUCAGACAAAGGAGCUUCAAGUCCCAGGAUGCACUUUGUUUAGGAGGAACUCUCAAGACACUUUCAUUGUCGGUGCAGCUGAGAGCCUGGGAUCACUAUGUGGGAUUCACAUCUGGCAUGACAACUCUGGACCAACUCCCACUUGGUACCUCAAACGUGUGGAAGUGUUUGAGGUGAACAGGGAUCAUCAGGUUAAGGGGCGUAUGUGGCUCUUUGUCAGUGAGUGCUGGUUGGCUGUGGACAGGAGUGACGGGCGGGUGGAGCGAAUGCUGAGAGUUUAUGAUCAGAAAACGAGAUUUGGAAAGAUGUUGCGUCUCAAAGUGUGGGACUACAUGACGGACUUUCACAUCUGGAUUUCAGUUUACAGCUGCCCGAACCUGAAGCCUUUCACACAGGGCCAAAGACUGAGCGUGUGUGCUUUACUGUGGCUGGGCUAUGCAUGUGUCAGCACUGUUAUCAUAUCACAAAGAAAUGACAAGAUGCUUUUUGAGCUGGAUGUUAAAGAAUUAUCAAUGAACGCAGUCACAACAGGGAUGUUAAGUGUUGCAUUAGUUCUUCCUGUAGUGACCUUAUUAUCCUUUAUGUUUCGGCUCAGUCAACUCAAAAUUAUGAGACCGGCAACUAAGAGCCCAGCGGAGACAAAGACGGAAGGCUUUGAAUAUGCAUUGAACCCUAAUCCUAACACUAACACUAUAUCAGAGCUGUAUAUUUCAUGGGGCGGCCUACAACAGUGGCUACAAGAAUCCUGGAGAAAGAAAUAUCAAGAUAUAGAUCUGUUCCCAGUGUCCAGUUGGGGUUUGGAUAAUACAGUUUUAAAUGAAAUCCAAAAUAAUGUGACAGAGGAUGUAGUUGUAAUUGAUGGUGCAGACGAGAACAAGGAUUCGAGUUUGUUUAGAGAUGAAAAAAAGAAAGAAGAUGGAACUUAUAAGGCCAGGGAAAGUUGUCAAGACGAUCCAAAAAUGCCUCAAUGGUUUAACAAUGUGGCUUGGGUCCUAUGUCUGUUGUUUUGUGUGACCUGCCUGGCUUCUUCUGCUAUCCUUGGAGUAAGGUUUACCCGCAGAGAGGCAGUGCUCUGGAUACAAUCACUUCUCUUCUCUCUUUUGUUUUGCAUUUUCUUCUUUCAUCCCCUACUGGUUUUUACAAUGGCACUGGUCGUUUCUAUGUGGCACCGAAAAAGCAGGGUUAUUUUAAACUUUUCAACUCGCCACGUGAAUAAAAGUAUUUUCAAAGCUAUUCAGAACUGGGCUUUGCGUCAAACGGGACGUCCAACCCUCCUAAAGUUACUUGAGGUUAGACAAAGACAACGUUUCUUGCGUCUUGUGCGCCCCCCUGUGUUUACAGAGCUCAGAAAAUCUCGCUGGAAUAGAAAAAGAGACAGACUUAUUCGUGAAAGAGUGUGGGACUGGAUUGUUUUUGGCUCCAUGUUUUCUUUAAUGUUGUGUAUAACUUAUGAGAGCUCUUCCAGCGACUAUUACAAUCUUAACAAAACUGUCAAAAAACACUUCAUAAGUGACAGUUUUAAGAGUGUUCGAACCUAUGAUGAGUGGUGGAGAUGGGCACAGACCAGUCUUCUUAAUGCGCUUUACAGAAAUACAUCUUCUACAGCUGAGCUUGCAGCAUUUCAAAACUCUCAUAUUUUAAUUGGAGAGCCUGUCCUUUGGAAAACGGAGGCUUUAAAUUCAACUUUUCUACCAAAUUGUCAUAAGAUUAAUUUCAAAAACAAAGAAUUAUUCGUACAUACAUGCUCUGACAAUUUGGAGGAUCUAAAAAUGGCAACAAAAGAAGCUAAAACUGAUUUGGGACACACAAAGACCAUUGCUGAAUUAAAACUCAAACAGCUCAACUCAGAACACUGGAUAGGCAAAAGUACGGUGGCCUUGAAGGUUCAUUUUGCCCUGUACAGUCCGGCUCCAAACCUGUUCACCAGUGUCACUCUCACCAUCAAACAAAGUCCUUUUGGGAUCCUUCUGCCUUCAGCCAGUGUCCAGUCUGUACGAGUGUGUGAUAGCGCCUCCCAGUGGGACUAUGUGGUCAUGACUUGUAAGUUACUUUUUCUGAUACUUUUGAUCCUGCGUCUGUGCCAUCACGUUUUGUCUCUUUGUGAGAAAGGACUGUUCAGACAUGGCAAGCUCCCAUGUAACUGGUUAGAAGUUGGUGUGUUCGUAGUAGCCAUCGUUUAUCAUUUUUAUUGCAUUUAUCGCUCUGCUGUGGUGGGCGAAGUUGAAGAAUGGCUGCAGAGACAAAACAGCAAGACUCAUAUUGAUUUUAAUCAAUUAGCCACGUGGGAUCAGACUAUACGUAGCCUACGUGGCACAUUACUUUUCCUGCUAACCUUGAGGUGUAUCUGUUUGGUAAACAAGACAGCUCCCCAGACCCACUCCAACUGCAGCCUCUUCUGGAUUUUGGUUGCUGGUCUUAUCUUUGUGGCUGCAUUUUCCUCUAUGAGAAGGCUAGUCCAUAUCCAAAGAAUUGGACUUCAUCAUGGUGUCAUUUCUGUUAUAACUAGACUAAUGUGGACUGCCCUGGUUAUAAAUGUUGUGGGUUUGUCUGUAAAAAGUCUGCGUAGAAGGAGAAACAUUUUCACUAUGGCUGACUUGGUUCGAUACAUAAAAAAGAAGCUAUUUUCUAUAUGGACUCGGUCAGCACAUAUAGACCAUAACAUAGAGAGAAAGACCUAUUACUUUGAGCAGUUUGAAAGCGUAUUGGACGAACUGUUGUUUAAGCUUGACGCCCUGUCUGAUCAAACUGGAGUCUAUAGAGAAGACAGUCCCAUUUCACCAAGGCAGGACCCAUCCAAAUUUGAGACACAGGACUUUCUGGAGUUGGAAAUGGCACAACCCUUCCCCUCAUCAUCUUCAGAAACGUCUGGACCACAGCUCGAUCAUCUUCCUCCAAACGGCGAAAAAGGAGAUGAGAUUUCAGAAGGGAUCACUCUGUCAAAUCAAAUACAUCACGGUGAAAUGAAAUGUGACAAAAACACAGAAGAAAGAGACAUGGAUACAUUAAAGGGACAGUUUACCCUCACAUCACACCAAGCCGAAUCUGCAGAAGUGAUUGUGGAAGUGCUCGUCCAUAAUGAACAAUAG